AUCACGGUUGAUUCUGACUCACCCAGAAAUAAUUUUCACCCCAGUUAGGGGUCGCCAGUGCAAGUCCCUUGUGUGAUGUUUGGCACAGUUGGAUGCCCUUCUUGUCACAAAUUGAAUCUGUGCCUCAACAUUUCGUCCAAAUAAAAAAAAAAAAACACUUUGUGCUCACUUGACAUGCAUCACUUGACCAGCAUCUCUCCUGUGAUGACGUCAGAGGGUUGUGGAAGUAUGCACAAGUGAGUGAGCAUCACCAGAAGAAGCACUUCCAGGACUACGAUGAAGGAGGAAGGUGGACUUCUGUGGACUUGGAGCGUCCAGUUUUACUGGGAUUCUUUUUAAGACACUCCAGUGGACCACACAUUUGCAACACAGUAGAGGAGGAGGAUGGUGAUGAUGAAGAUGAGCAGUCGGAGGACGGGUCCAAUGGAGCGUCAUGCAGAACCUUGAGCCCCCAUGGAGACAUGGCACAGCGGUUCCUCUCGUCCGUCUUCAUGCUGACCGUCUCGCUGUCGUGCACCUACCUGUGUUACACGAUCAUCUUCGGCCGCACCACCGUUAUCUCGGGCCGGGCGUACGAGGGGAACCGAUGCCCGCCAAACCCCAACGCGGCCGGGAAGAAACUUCUCGCCCAGUCGGAGCAGUGUGCCCGGCUGCGGGGGGUCCGCGCCGCCGCCGUUGCAGCAGCCCAGCCCGGUGCUGCCGGAUCUCCUGUUCUUCCUCCCUCUCCUCCGUCUCGCUGGAUGAGGAACGCAAGUUUGGCGCAAAGAUACGGCAAUAAAAAACUCCCAGGCGUCUUAAUAGUGGGAGUGAAGAAAGGAGGAACCAGGGCGGUGCUGGAGUUCAUUCGGAUCCAUCCAGAUGUGCGCGCGCUCGGAACCGAGCCGCAUUUUUUCGACCGCAACUAUGACCGAGGACUGGACUGGUACAGGGGCCUCAUGCCACGAACAUUGGAAAGUCAGAUCACAUUGGAGAAGACCCCCAGCUACUUUGUCACCAGGGAGGCUCCUCGCCGCAUCUCCAGCAUGUCCCAACAGAUCAAGCUGAUCGUGGUGGUACGCAACCCAGUCACCCGAGCCAUCUCGGACUACACGCAGACUCAGUCCAAGAAGCCCGACAUCCCCACUUUUGAGGAGCUGGCCUUUAAGAACCGGAGCCUGGGCGUGGUGGACACCUCGUGGAACGCCAUCCGCAUCGGCAUGUACAUCCUGCAUCUGGAGAACUGGCUACGCUACUUCCGCCUCUCGCAGAUGCAUUUUGUCAGCGGCGAGCGGCUCAUCACGGACCCGGCGGGCGAGAUGGGCCGCGUUCAGGACUUCCUAGGACUCAAGCGGAUCAUCUCGGACAAGCACUUCUACUUCAACAGGACCAAGGGCUUCCCGUGUCUGAAGAAGCCAGAGAGCAGCGGGCAGCCUCGAUGCUUGGGCAAGUCCAAGGGCAGGACUCACGUCCAAAUCGAGCAGGAGGUCAUCGAACAGCUGCAGGAGUUUUAUAGACCUUUCAACGUCAAGUUCUUCGAAACGGUCGGACAGGACUUCAAGUGGGAUUGAACACAAAAACCAGACUUGGGUCCUUGAAACUUUGUCUUGGAACCACUUUAAGGAAGCUGCUUGACAAAAUGAGCUCAUCCAAAGACUGGAUUCGUCACGGACGAAGCAGGAAGUUGUAAAAAAACGAAGGCUUGGAAUAUUUAUGGAAGACAUUUGAAAAAAUAGACAUGACGGUAUUCACAGGAAUAAUUUUGAACCACGCCGUGAGAUUGAAUGUGUGAUGUACAAACACAAAAGUUCCAUGCGCUUAAAUACAAAUAUUAUUUUUAAAUUUCAGCUC